UCACUAGCAAGUUAUUGUUUACGUACAUAUAAAAUGUUAUAGUAAUAUUUUUUCCUCUUCUCUCUUUUUCACUACACCUUAAUCCAAUUUACUCAUCAAAUUAACAUGGGAGUCGAUUACUAUGACAUACUAAAUAUUACCAGGAGUGCAACAGAUGCUGAGAUAAAGAAAAGUUAUCGGAAACUGGCUCUGUUGUACCAUCCUGACAAAACUGAUCAAUGUCUGAAGGCUGCAGAGAUGUUUAUGCAAAUCGCAGAGGCUUAUGAAGUCCUUAGUAAUAAGCAGCACAAGGCUAUAUAUGACCAGUUUGGUGAAGAAGGGCUGAAAAAUGGCAUUCCUACUAAAGGAAACGAACCAGAACCCUGGACUAAAGGCUAUGUAUUUCAUGGAGAUGCAGAAAGGGUUUUCAGAGAAUUCUUUGGCAUGGAUAAUCCAUUUCAAGAAUUCUUUGAUAGAGUUGAUGGCGAUUUGAGCCUGAGUUUUGGUGGAUUACAUGGCCGAAGUCAAAAGAAAAAAGAUCCCCCAAUUGAGCGAGACUUAGUUUUAACACUUGAAGAAGUUUACCAUGGAUGUCUAAAAAAGAUGAGAAUAUCCCGCCGUGUUAUGAAUGAUGAUGGACAUACAUCAAGUAUCAGAGACAAGAUUCUUAACAUUACCGUAAGGAAAGGAUGGCUGCCUGAUACUACAAUCGUCUUUCCGAAUGAGAGUGAUCAAGGACCCAAUACAAUUCCUGCCGAUAUUAUCUUCACAUUGAAAGACCAUUCACACAAACGGUUUCACAGAAAAGGUCAUGAUUUAUACCAUACAGCUACUGUGUCCUUGGAGAAGGCCUUGACAGGAUGUAUAGUUGAUAUUUCUACUUUGGAUGAUCGAAUUCUACAUAUUCCUAUUACCGAUGUAGUAAAACCUGGUUACACAAAAGUAGUGCCAGGAGAAGGAAUGCCACAUGCUGACAAUCCCGAUAAAUUUGGCAAUCUUAUAAUAAAUUUUGAAAUAGUAUUUCCCAGAACACUGUCACCAGAUAGAAGAAUCAUGGUGAAGAAUUGCCAGUUGUAAAGAGAUUUGUACUCUCACAUGCGUGUUUGUGUGUGUGUGUGUGUGUGUGUGUACAUAAAAUUGUGUGCAUAUAUUUGUGUAUUUGCAUAUAUAUAUGUGUGUGUGUAUACAUGUAUUCAUAUAUAUAUAUAUAUAUAUAUAUAUAUAUAUAUAUAUGUAUGUAUGAAUGCACAUAUAUACUUACAUCAAUACAUAUAUAUAUAUAUUUACAUACAUACAUACAUAUAUAUAUAUAUAUAUCUAUACAUAUACAUGUAUAUAUAUAAUGUGAAUAUAUGUGUGUAUGUAUGAAUAUAUUUGUGUAUAUAUGUAUGUAUAUAUAUGCAUGUAUGUAUGUAUAUAUGUAUGCACGUAUAUAUGUGUAUAUAUAUAUGUGUGUGUGUGUAUGUGUAUAUAUGUACCUAUAUACACAUAUGCAUGCACACACAUAUACUGAUCACAACAUUUGUCCGAGUAUAUACAUUAUAAAAGAAAUACAUUAGAACAAUAGUUAAUCUGUUCCUUGUCAUUCAAGGUUGUUUGAUUGUGCUCUGUGUCUUAUUACUAUAACACUGAGACUGGGUGAUUUCUUCGCUUGACUCUUUCAAUCUAUUCUGAAAUGAAGUUAGUAAAGAGAAAAAAAAAAAAUAUCAAGUGCAUUCUCAAUUCCAACCAUUCCGAUUUGUACGUAGACUAAAGACUGACUCCAUAAAACUUGUAAUAAUUUGGGUUCCUGACAUAGCACAAAAACGGAACCUAGUUUCUUAAUUAUCUCUUACUUUUUACUUGUUUCAGUCAUUGGAUUGCAGCCAUGCUGGGGCAUCGUCUUGAAGGAUUUAGUUGAUCAAAUUGAUCCCUUUACUUAUUUUUAUGUUUGCUACUUAUCCUACUGGCCUCUUUUGCGAAACCACUAAGUUAGAUGAAUGUAAACAAACCAAUACUGGUUUGUCAAACAGUCAGGUUUACAAACACAAACAUAAAGACAUAAACACACAUAUCACACACACACACACACACAUCAACAUCGUUUAACGUCCGUUUUCCAUGCUAGCAUGGGUUGGAUGGUUCAACUGGGGUCUGGGAAGCCAGGCGGCUGCACCAGGCUCCAGUUUGAUCUGGCAGUGUUUCUACAACUGGAUGCUCUUCCUAAUGCCAACCACUCUGUGAGUGUAGUGGGUGAUUUUAACGUGCCACCAGUACAGGGGCCAGAGGAGGCUGGCAAUGGCCAUGAUCAGUUGGUGCUUUUUAUAUGCCACCGGCAUGGAAGCCAGUCAUGGCAGUGCUAGCAUCGGCCACAUUCGGAUGGUGCUUUUUACGUGCCACUGGCACAGGUAUCACAACUACAAUUUCCAUUUGAUUUUCAUUUUGAUGUUGAUGUACUUGACUCAAUAUGUCUCCUCAAUCACAGCAGGCUGCCCGACAACCCAAGGUACUUUUGAAUGGGCUGGGGCUGGUUAUGCGAAACUGGUGUAGGAUACAGCUGUGAACUCACUUUAUUUGCCAGGUCUUCGCAGUCACAGCAUAUCUCCAGAGGUCUUGGUCUUUCAUCAUUGCCUCUGUGAGGCCCAACGUUCGAAGGUCAUGCUUGACCACCUCAUCCCAUGUCUUCCUGGGUCUACCUCUACUCUGGAUUCCUUCAACUGUUUGGGAGUGGCAUUUCUUCACACAUCUCUCCUCAUCCAUCCAUAGUACAUGACCAUACCAGUGCAAACGUCUCUCUUGCACACCACAUCCUAUGCUUCUUAUGCCCAGCAUUUCUCUCAGGGUGCUUACACUUUGUCGCAUGUGCACACUGACAUUAUACAUCUAGCGGAUCAUGCUAGCUUCAUUUCUUUUGAGCGUACGCAUGUCCUCCGCAGUCACGGCCCAUGUUUCACUGCCAUGAAGCAUGGCAGUUUGCACAUAUGCAUCGUAGAAUCUACCUUUCACUCUGAGCAAGAGGCCCUUUGUCACCAGUAGCAGUAGAAGCUUUCUAAACUUUGCCCAGGCUAUUCUUAUUCUAGUAGUAACGCUCUCUGAGCAUCCACCCCCACCCCCACUACAGACUUGGUCACCUAGGUAGCGGAAGCUAUCAACUACUUCUAGUUUUUGCCCUGGAGUGUGAUGGAAUCUGUUUUCUGAGCAUCUUCAGUGUUUAUUGCCCCUGUGCAUCUGCCGCACACGAAAGCUAGCUUCUUGGUUAAUCUUCCUUUGAUGUUGCUGCACCUCUUAGGUGUCCACAGCUUACACUGGGUACAUCUUAUGGGGUUUCUACCUACACCUUUUCUACACAUCGAAUAAGGCCACUUACCUGAGGGUGUGUGUGAUGUGUUCGCUUUCCUACUUACUAGAACUUUGGUCUUUGCUCCAUUGACUCUAAGGCGUUUUGAUUCUAAUCCUUGCCUCUACACCCUAAAUUUCUUUUCUAGUUCUGGUAGUGAUUCUGCUAUGAGGGCCAGGUCAUCAGCAUAGAGGAGCUUCCAGGGGCAACCUGUCUUGAAUUCCUCUGUUAUUGCCUGGAGGACUAUGAUGAAUAAAAGGGGACUGAGGGCUGAACGUUGGUGGACCCUUACUUCUACCCGGAAUUCUUCACUAUACUCAUUGCCAAUCCUAACCUUACUAAAGGCCUCUCUGUAUAGAGCCUGUACAGCCCUUAUCAACCAUUUGUCAAUCCCCAGUUUCUGCAUAGCCUACCAGAUAAGGGAUAGGGGUCCCUGUCAAAGGUUUUCUCCAAGUCCUUUGAUGCAUACAUAUAUAUACACACACACAUAUAUAAUAGGUCUCCAUACAAUUUCCAUCUACCUAAUUCACUCUCAGACAUUGGAUGGUCUGGGGAUAUAAUAAAAGAUAUUUAACCAAGGUACCAUGCAUUGGGACUAAGCCUGAAACCGUGUGUUUGCGAAGUGAGCCAUACCUAGGAGUUAGAAGGAAUUUUUAGUAUUUUCAUUUUAAGAAAUGUUUAUCGCCCAUUAAAUCCUCACUGGAAUUGAUAAAAUUUACAUUUAUCAAUUUUUAACAAAAAUUGGGGAAAUCAUAUUUCAGGAUCAUUCUGAAAUAGACUAUAGUAUUAUAUAUAUCAUAGAAUUUAAAUAUAUAUCAUCAUACAUAUUGUAUUAUUGAAGAUUAUGGCAAAGUACAUUGCAGCCAUAGACGAAUGGAAACUAAGUGUGAUAUAUGUGAUGAUAGGGAAGAAGAGAAGGAAUCAGAAGGGGAGAUAACUUUUGUCACAAUGCAUAUUUAAAAGAAGGGAGGGAAAAAGUUGUUGAGAGAGGCAGAGAAUGACAGACAGACAGGUAGUGUUGUCACCAUAGUAACUAACAGAUUUUGAUUAAAAUUCAGGAAUUUUAAAUGCAAGUCUGCAACACAGACUAAAAAUAAAUAACUAUAUGUAUAUAUAUAACACAUAUAGUUAUCUUUUUGUUAGACAACACAACACAGACUUUAAAAGAGGACUUUCAGUCUAAUGAUAUGUUGUUGAGAUAGAAAUACAGAGAGAGAGAGAGAAGGUGUGUGUGGAAAAUAGAAUUGAAAUUGUGUCAAGAAAGAAGAAAGCAGGUUGCUGUUGAGCAUAUCAAUGUGAUCAUUGUAGUAGGGUUCUGCUGAAGGAGCUGUUUCAUCUUGACUAGGUCGAUACCCGGUCCAUACCACAAUGAUGCCUAGUUUUAAUAUAACUGGAAACAUUAGAGGAUUUAGCCACAAGCAUGCACAAUGGAAAUUUUCCUCAAACGCUGAAAUAAACAUGCGAAAAGUGCUUCAAGAUAUAUUCAGAAGUAAGGGAUUUGUAAAAAAUUCAAAUGUGAAGCUUGUUUUCGUGGGGUAACUUUUAAAUAAAGAAUUUAUCAUCAUCAA